CCACUGAGCGGGAAAUGCCGGAAGCCGAGCUUUCAAUGCAAGCGACGUCUGUUGUUGACAUAUAAUUUUUUUCCCCCGGUCGAAGCGACGGAACGGACAGUAAACAAAGGUCAUAACACCGGAAGUACAUUAGCUGCGCUGCGGAGUACGGAAGCCCGCAGAGGAGGAUGGUUACGAAAGAGCCAAGGCUCCAGAGUUGUUUCGUAAAGGUUAUCCGCCGGUAGAGGAGGGAAUGUGAGCCGACUCUCUCUGCAGCAUUAUUGCUAACAGAACCCUCCUGGGUUUUUUUUCAUGCUUUGGUGACAUUUAAGCCGCUCGGUGGCAGAGCAAGGUCAAGCAGCUCAGCCUCCAGCGCGCGGUGGAGUGGUGCGGCUGACCCGCACGAGUCCAGAUAUGGCUGGUCUGAUCAACUUUGAGGAUGAAAAAGAGGUGAAGCAGUUUCUGGACAACCUGGGAGUGGAGUACAGCUUCCAGUGCUACAAGGAGAAGGACCCUGAAGGUUGCCAGAGGCUAGCAGACUUUUUGGAGGGCGUGAAGAAAAACUACGAAUCUGCAGCACAAGUCCUCAAACACAACUGUGAGACCAAUGGACACUCGGAGAGCUGCUACAAAAUUGGAGCUUACCAUGUCACCGGCAAAGGUGGAGCCCCUAAGUGUCUGAAAACCGCCUACUCCUGCUUCAUGCGCUCCUGCAACGCUGGAGGGAAGAAGUCCAUAGACGCCUGCCAUAACGUCGGUCUGUUAGCCCACGACGGGCGAGCCCUGGAGGGGGGUUCUGACGCCACGGUGGCUCGGGAGUAUUACGAGAAGGCCUGCGCCGGCGGCUUCGCGCCUUCCUGCUUCAACCUCAGCUCCUUGUUCAUUCAGGGCAACUCCAAGGGGCUGGCGCCGAACAUGAGUCAAGCCUUUAAGUACGCCAACAGGGCUUGUGAGCUGGGACAUGUGUGGGGGUGUGCCAACGCGAGUCGGAUGUGCAAGCUCGGGGACGGCACGGAGAAGGAUGAGAAGAGAGCCGAGGAGCUGAAGAAUCGAGCGCGGGAGCUGCACGGCUUAGAGAAGGAAAGGCAGCUGAAAUUCGGGGAGUGAUUUCUGACGCGCUCUGGUGAAAAUCCUAGUUUGAUUUUUCUUCCUCCAUCACACGUGUGUUGCUUCAGGCUGUCGGCUUGGAGUAAAACUGGAUCGUCAAAGUUAAGGGAUGGCAAUAAUGUGUCUUUCAAUGCAGCUGUUUUCCUCAUUACGGCCUGUGGGUGGUAAGAUCUUCAGAACUUUGUACAUUAGUGUGAUACACCAAAAAGCUAAUGUCAAAAUAAAUUGAUCACACAUUA